GGAGCUACGGGGCGCUAGAGCCUGGCCUGGGUCCGAGUCCCAGGGGAGGGGGCGGCGCAGGUGAGCACCCCCAUGCCCCACACACCCCGGAUUCGGGCUCGCUGUUGAGGGAUCCCGCGUAGACGAGAGAAGCCCCCCCGGCUCAGACCAGCCUCCAAAGGAGACCCAAACCCUCCCUCAGGAUGCAGGAGGAACAGCCCCUGGAGGCUUCGGAGGAGCCAGCCCCUUCGACUGGGGCGUCAGAAUGUGGACCUGGGGAGGUGUCAGAAUGUGGACCCGGGGUGGCCUCCAGUGACUCCCAGAAUCUAUCUGACGUGGAGGCUUUUAAGAUUCUUUUGGAGAUGAAAAUGAAGAAGAGACAAAAGCAGCCCAGUUUGCCAGGUACUGUCACCGAACUGGUCACAGAAGAAGGAAGUAAGGUGUACGUGGUUGGCACCGCCCACUUCAGUGAUGACAGCAAGCGAGACGUAGUGAAGACCAUCCAGGAGGUGCAGCCGGACGUGGUCGUGGUGGAGCUCUGCCAAUACAGAGUUUCCAUGUUGAAGAUGGAUGAGAAGACUCUGCUGAAGGAGGCCAAGGAGAUCAACCUGGAAAAGCUCCAACAAGCCGUCAAGCAGAACGGAGUCAUGUCUGGUCUGAUGCAGAUGCUCCUGCUGAAGGUCUCUGCGCACAUCACGGAGCAGCUGGGGAUGGCCCCUGGGGGCGAGUUCAGAGAGGCUUUCAAGGAGGCUAGUAAAGUGCCUUUCUGUAAGUUCCACCUCGGGGACAGGCCCAUCCCGGUGACCUUCAAGAGAGCCAUAGCGGCCCUUUCCUUCUGGCAGAAGGUGAAGCUGGCCUGGGGCCUGUGCUUCCUCUCUGACCCCAUCAGUAAGGACGACGUGGAGAAGUGUAAGCAGAAGGACCUGCUGGAGCAGAUGAUGGCGGAAAUGAUCGGCGAGUUCCCCGACCUCCACCGCACCAUCGUCUCGGAAAGGGACGUCUACCUGACGUACAUGCUGCGGCAGGCUGCCAAGCGGCUGGAGCUGCCGCGGGCCUCGGAAGCUGAGCCCAGGAAAAGCAUCCCUUCCGUGGUGGUCGGAGUCGUGGGAAUGGGCCACGUCCCCGGCAUCGAGAAGAACUGGAGCACAGACUUGAACAUCCAGGAGAUCAUGAGCGUUCCUCCCCCAUCCGUCUCUAGCAGAGUGUCCAGGUUUGUGGUGAAAGCUUCCUUCUUUGGAUUGGUGUGCUACGGCUUCUACCGGGUGGGAAAACGGACGGUCAGCCUGAUCCUUUCCAUGACAGCCACGCAGUCGUGUCUCCAGAGACUGGCUGAGCUCAGACCUCAGAAAUAAGGCGGCGGCGGCGCCGACAAAGCCAGGCGGGCAGCAACCAAAAACCAGAAAGGGUGCUAACAGUCACACACACGCAGGGGCCCGCGGGGGCCGGGCCCCGGGCCGACCCCGUAGCUGUGGCCUGAUCAGCAGCUGUCGACUGAGCGGCAGCGCCUGGGGUCAUGUUCCCACGGCUUUGAGAGUCUUCUGACUUGGGUUCCUGCCCCCAAGAGUCCCUGGUGGUGGGUUCCUGCCGAGCAGUGCAGGGACAGCUGUGGACCGAGUUGGUAUCAUGAUACCGUUGUUAGUUCUUGGUGCCGAGCACCUAUAGGAUAAGACGAUUUAAGGAUCAUCUUGUUCCGGGGAGAAUUUUAUAUCGAUCAUCAGAGAGAGAGAGAGAGAGAGUGUGUGUGUGUGUGUGUGUGUGUGUGUGUGUGUGUGUGUGUGUGUGUGUGUGUGUGUGUGUAUGCAUGCGUGCGUGCGUGUGUGUUGGGAGUGGGGGUGGGGCUCUUUUAAAAGCCCCAGCUUCUCAAACAGGCCUGUUUGCUGCAGACCCGUGUCCCCGUGCGCCCGCCCCGCGCCCUCCCUCCUGGACCCUCCUCCACAGUUGCCUUCAGCCCUGGUCUCAUAGCUCCUCAUCCCCCAUGGCCCAAGGCCCAGGCCCUCAGCAGGGCCCUCUCUCCCCACGGUUACAAAUGCUGGCUAGGAGGGGGGUCUGAGCAGGUAUUCUUUAGGAGCAGUUGGGGGAGGCUGCCCCACUGACCGGUGUCCCUGCUGCUCCGGGCCUUCCCCGUGGAGCUUUAUUUGAUAGAAAUACCCUUUCUAGGCUAGUCAGCAGAACGGGGCUUGAGCUUUGGCCUGGGGGCUCGAGUGGUAUAGUUGGGGACCAACCGCUCUGUUGGCUGGAGGGUGCGUGGGCUUUGCCAUCCCUUGGAUCCAUCCAAGAAGUCUGGGCAUCCGCAGCUCACCUGCUUUACUCUGCCCUCUUCUGCUUGCACACCUGUCUUGGACACCUCUUCAUUCCAAAUCAUGGUCUGGAUUGCCAGGGUCCCGGUGCCCUCAGCCCCUGUGGACUCUUGGGAGCAGUCAUGACUGCCCAGAGGCUAAGGCUCUGGCUGGUGCCCCCUGGCUCUCUCUCUAGGCCUGGCUACCUCCUCAAGGUCUUUCUGUGUCUCCCUUGCCAGCCCUUGUGGGGAGGGGCUUUAGAGACACGCUGGGUCACCUCUCGCCAUUAGAAACCACCGAGUGAAGCCCCCUGGCCUGUGUGGGCAGGCGUGGGCAGGUGUGCCUUCGGCCAGCCCCUGAUGGGGUCAGUGCUGAGGAGCCCGGCCAUGAGCCUUGGCCUUCCUCGGCUUUUGGGGCUCAGCCAGGAGGCCCGGGCUCUGCUUUGCCUUCUUGGGGUUUUUUUGUUUUUUGCUUUUUUUUUUCUUAAGGUAUUUCUAGCUUGUAUAGUUCUGUGUGCUCUGCUUUAAAAAAUCUGAUAAAACCUCUGCUCAGGUAAUUUGAAUUAAAAAGUAAACUAGUUAAAUGUCAGAUGAGCCUUAAGCUGAGUUAGGGCCAACAUUAGGCUUAUCUCCAAGCCAGUGGCCUGGAAGUAGGGAGGGGUGGGCUGAGGCAGCUUCCAGGAGAUUGGGCCCCGGCAGGAGCUGGGAAGGACAGGGUGUGACCGCCAAGCACCACAGGGCAGGGGAGCCUUCGGCUGCAGCCUGUCUUCUCCCCCCCCCCCCAUUUCCCCUCUGCAGUUCUAGUCCAUCCAUCCAUCCAUCUUCCUCGUGUGCAAACCUGCAAAGCCGAAUCGUAUUAGGGGCCCAGUGGGUGGUUCUCUCGGCCCAGGCUGUUAAAGUAUUGUGAGCCCCCCUCCCCAGCCUGUGUUCCUGGGCUCUGUGUGUGUGGAACAGGGGCCCUGGCCUUGGGACGCCCAGAGCAGUCUGUGUCUCGCUUCGUUGUCCCUAUCCCACCCAAGAUUUCUCCCAGGGCCAAGCUGGGAGGACAGUCUGUUGGGGUGCCCUCUGCCCCCAGACUUCCUGAGGCUGUGACCAACAUUGUAUUGCCUUGGAUGCCCAGUGACGCCCAUGCUGCUGCUGGGGGGAGGGGGGGCGGGAGAGAAACUUUCGUCUCCCCAUUCCAUAAACAUAAAGCACCUAAUGUAUGCCAGAGACAGUCACCAUUCAAGUGGAGCUUCCCUGCCCUGGCUGCCCACCCUCCGCCCUCAUUAUCUCUGUGUAGAGCAGCCUGGCAAUGGGCCAGAAUCCAGCUGUGGACCCACUCCCUUGACUCAGUGUUGAACCAAAUCAGAUGAAGUAUAACUGGCUGGAGAAUGUUUCCCCAAAGUGUCAUGGAAGACCGCGGGCCGGCCUGGUGGGCAGAGCCCACUGGGCCCUCUCAGAGGCCAGGCGCCGCGGUGUCUUAAGUGCCACGUCGUAGGACAAGCUGCAGCUCUCUCAAUCAUGUCCUUCGUGUAAUUCAGAGAUUUGCAGUUUCCUUGUGAAAUGAAAAUAAACUUUAAUUUUAGAAGA